AUGGUUUCGUCGCGACUUGUUGAUUUACCCGAUUCACCGGAAGGACCGGCGAGGAAGCCGGUUCCGGAGAUGAUGGAUUCAGCUUUUGGCAAAAUCGUCGAUAUUGCUGCGAAACCGGUAUUUUCCGGUCGCUUUGCUCGUUAUAUAAUGUCUAGACAGUUGAAAACGAAGAAGAAGCACGAGGCGUGGUUCCGCUUUGCUGGAAAACCGAUUCGGUUUUUGUUACGGGAAUUUGCGAUUGUCACCGGAUUGCCAUGCGGGCCGUUUCCACGGAGAUCAAAGAUGAAGUUAAAAGAAUCCAUAGCAGAGAAACCCUACUGGCCGGUGAUAUUUGGUAAGAGUGAAGUUGUAACGGUGGCUUCUGUGAUCAAGAUGCUUCGGAGGAGGACGGUAACUGAUAGGAAAAUCCGUAUCAAAUAUGCUUGCCUGGCGAUUCUGUCCUCCGUUCUUCUUCCAACAAGCUUGAAGAUGAAGAUUUGUAGAGAGCAUGCAGAAGCAAUCGAAGAUCUUGGAGAAUUUUUUGCAUAUCCGUGGGGAAGACUUGCGUUUGACUUGCUUAUGGUUAGUAUACGAGAGCGGGAUGUGGUGGCCUUGUCCCAGAGCAACAUCGCAGUUAAAGGAUUUGUACUUGCUUUACAACUGGUCAUGGUUGAAGCUGUCCCUGCUCUUACUGAAGUUGUUCUGGAAAGCUGUUCCUCUUCGGAAGCUGAUAGUGAAGAUGAUGGUUUUAAUCCCAGUGAUAGAUUUGGGAAGAAACAAACCCUUAAUACUGCACAUGCACGUUUUGUAGACAAGACAGACAAUGUUCUGGUGCACAGUUUAUUAUUGGAAGACCCUGAACGUCCAAUCGACGAGUCGACUCUAGUUUGGUCUGACGAAGAGCAUGAUGAAACUGUUGAAAACAUGAUUGAUCUUAUCAAUGUGAAUUAUCAAUUCAGUACUUCUCAUUUUGUUGGCGGAGUUAGCAGAAGUGAAGUCGAUCGUCUGCGAGAAGCUUCCUCAGUAUCUUCGAAGUCGAAGAAACCCAAGAAACCCGUUUCAGUUCCUCAAUCCAAUGAUGCUGGUUAUAUCGCAGAUCUCGUCAUAGAACGAUUGAAGCCGCAGCUCCAAAAUUUCAAUAACAAGAUCGAACAGUUCUCUACAAGGGUCGAGUAA